AUGGCACCCAAGACUUCCACCCCUACCAAGGUGGUCAAACGGACCCCCAAGAAGACCCCGACCAAGCCUGGUCAGAUCAGGGAUACCGAAAUGAAGAAGAACCUUUUGCUUCUCUGGGUCGUCUUCAAGACGUCUGGAGCUCACGUCAAUCUCGCUGCGCUCUCUGAGCACUUCAAUAUCAAGCCCAAUGCCGCCCAGAUGCGUUUCACUCGCCUUAAGAAGAAGCUGGAAGAAAUGGAGGCCGCUGAAGCUGAGAAAGCCGGUGAUGCUCAGGCCACCGCUGCCAACGAUGCCGAUGCCGAUUCCGAUGAGGGCGCCGAUGCAAAGCUCGACUCCGGCGACAGUGCCUAA